GAUAGAAAUGAGAAGGCAGCAGAGAGAAAAAACAAGCAAAUGCCGAGUUAAAUAAAAGGACAGAGAAAGUGAGGGAUGAGAAAGAAGUAGACAGGAAGAUCAGAAAGGUGUAAAAGUGAGAGGAAGAGAAUGAAGAAACUGGAGAUGGAGUGAAUAAAAAGGAAAGGCAGAGAGAGAGAAAGAGAGAGAGAGAGAAAGAGAGAUGAAAAGAAAGAUGAAGAUGAUGUGGAAAGGUGAAAGAGGAUAAAGUGAUGGAGAGAAAGGGGAAGGUGUAAAAUGAAAAGAAAGAGGCGCAAAGAUUUUGAGAGACACAAAGCAAGAGAGGAAGAGAAAGAGACAUCUACAGGAUGAGUGCGGAAUGCUCGAGUUACUACACCUCCGAGCGCGAGCUGAUCGGUGCCUUCACCUGCCCCAGAGCCGGAGGAGACGCUCGAGCCGUGUACUGCUGCGGCUUCAACGACGUCAAGUACUGCUGUGACGAUCCCAACAGCUUCUUCCCAUACGAGUAUGGAUACAUGUGGUGGCUCAGUGUUGGAGCUCUGGUAGGUUUGUCCAUAGCUGCUGUGGUUCUCUUGGCCUUCAUCAUCACGCUGUGUGUGCUGUGUUACCUGUUCAUCGCCACCAAACCCCGAGGACUCGAUAAUGGUCUCACACUGCAAGUGCCAGGGUCCGAUUCUGGUCCCCAGGAGGGUUCGAGUCAGCGCAGCGCUCCGUCCGGACCUCAAGGCUUCCGCAAGCAUUUCCUGAGAGGAAAACUGCACUGCGACAACCAGCCCCCCGACCCGGAGCGUCUGUUUCAGCGCUGCUACAUGGCCACCGUCACCACCAUUAACGUCGAGGGACCUUCGUAAAGUCAGUCACUGUCCACGUUUUUUUAGCAGUUCUGAAGAACCCCCCUUAUCAUCCGCUUUAUCGUCACUGUUACACACCACAAGGGGGCGCCUUUCUUGGAUUCACCGUGAACAUGAACUGUGGACAAAAUAUAUACAUAUAAAGUCUAAAAAAAAUUCAGUUUUACGGGGCCCCCUGGUGGACAAAUGAGUGUCUGUUCAUGUGCUUCUGUCUGAAAAGAAAACAACCAGCAUCCAAGAUGUUUUUUAGGUUUUUUUAUAAACUGUAAUCGCUUACUGCAUUAGUCAUGCUGUGUGACCAAAAGUAUUGGCACACCCGACUGUUUUCAGCCAUAUGUGGUUUUCCACAAACUGAAAGCACAAACCUGGAGGCACAAAAUUCUUUUAGACGUCUUUGGAUGCUGUAGCAUGAAAUUUUCCCUUUACUUGAACCAGGAGACCCAAACCUGUUGCAGCAUGAUGAUGACCCUGUGCCCAAAGCUCCAUGAAGAUCUGCUUUACAUGAGUUAGAGUAGAAAUUCUCCUGCUAUAGAGCUCUGAAUUGUUCAUACUGACUGCACCCCAGGCCUCCUGACCUGACCUGACCUGACCUGACCUGACCUUUAUUAGUACCUGACUUCGUGUCUAAAUAAAUCUCCACAAAAAUCCAGUAGAACAUCUUCUCAGUAGACUGGAGGUUACAACAGCGCAUGGAGACGAAAUGUAGAAUGGUGUGUUUCAAAAAGCACAUAGAAAUCUUACGGUCGGGUGUCCAGAAACUUUUGGCCCAUACAGUGUACCUCAGUCGUGCUUGAACAUGAGUUUUUGAUGUGUGAUGGGGUUUGUUGUAUCGUAGGAAGCUGUUUCGUAAACUAUCGUCGAUCGUGAACUCGGCCUGCACCGGGCCUACGUGACGUGACAUCGUAACAUGAAGGUUGCGUUCUCAGGGUUAACGUUAUGCAAGCUGUACGAUAUGCGAGCUCACGUGAAUAUCAGCACCUUUUUUUUUUCCUCUUCACAAAUCCUGUUAAAUCCUGACCAAACAAACGGAGGUAAAGUACUGCGUCGUUUUCAUUCAUACGUCUGUGGUGUUCCGUAUCUGAUGCGUCUUCAUCAGCAGACCGUUUUCUAUGGAAUAAACACCCACCAGCUGCUCCAAAGUAGGAGAAGAGAAUAUCAUUAGGAUCCCUUCUGCAAACAUCUGCUCUUCUUCUACAGAUCAGAAAGGAACCAGAAAGAAAAUGAACAUCUCUCAUAUUACUGUUUAUAAUCAGCUUUUGAAGGACUUCUGACUUUUCUUUACAGGUUCCUACGUUAUCUACACUGAUUUUUGUUUGUUCUCUUGCUGAAGAGAUCAAUGCAGCAGCGCUUUAGUGCUUUCGUCUGUUCAUCUCAGCUGUACCUCGUCCUCAACUCUACACUCAGAAUUAACAGGUUUUCAGUCGUUUUUAUUUAAUAAUCUCAGUAUGUUUUUAUUAAAUACAUCAACAGAGGCACUAAUUAAAACUAGCGAACGUAUGCUAACACCGUGCUUUAGCACCGUCCACGCUAACACCAUGUGUCCUGCAAUUAGCGACCAUAUGCUAACAUCACCGUAAAGCCUGGUUCUUUAUCUGCUAUGCAUCAUGGGUAAUUUCAUUUACAGCUAAUCUGGUAGCAUGAAAACGUUUCACAUGCGUCCUGGAAACCAUUUCGGUUUUAAAGGAUUGUGAAUGAUUUUAUUUAUUUUUUUAAAGAGACUCUUCACCCCAGUGGAAUUGUGGGAAAUCUCACCAGUUGUUUGUUUUUUUUGUGAUAUUUGUGUUUGUGUCUGCAGUGAAUCCCUCUGUGUCGUGUCUCUGAAGCUUCAUGAAGUGCACAUCAAAUUCAGAGUCCUGAUUAAACGUGCUGUAAAAAAAACAACACUGUGAAUGAAAUUGGU